CUCAAUGCGUAGCGUACUCCACUCCAUUAUUCUUGCAAGUAGCGCUAGUCUAGUCUCUCUUCGCAGCCGCGCUGAUGCCAGCCAGUACGGAGUGCCAGUGCUUCAUAGUAGCGUUGUUGUCAGUCCGGUUUUUAGCGCGAGUUGAGCAGAGCCGACUGCCGGGUCUCGAGCGUCGUUGAUUCGGUGCUCGCAUAGCCAUUGAAGAGUUGAGCUCGGAAAGCGGUGGAGACCUCGCAGAACUCGCCUUCGCGUCGAUGAGAAAAUGUCGGGCUCGUCGAGUGCCCAACGGGUGCGCAAGUCUUCGCCGUGCUCCACGGCUAAGCAGGGUCCGAUGAGAGCCACUCUGCCGGUCAGCUCGCUCCUUCGUCAGAGCAGGCAGCAGCAGGCACAGCCGCAACAGCACCAUCAUCACCAUCACCAGCAACAGCCGCAACCGACACCCUCGGGCCAACCCCUGCGCAGUCCAACCGCUAGCCAGCCGGCGGUCUCCGCCGUGUCUCCUACCAAUUCUUGGCGAUCGCGCAUUUCGCCCGAGACCUCGAGCUCCAGCUCUGGUCAGCGAAGCCCUGGUUCACUCUCCUACAAAGGCUACUUUGCUGCCAAAUCUAAGACCCUUAGUGGCCGCUGCACGGACGCUCUGACCGCCAGCCAGAACAUCCGAAGAACGGCCUCACUCGAUACCAUUUACCUCAAGGGGCAGUGGCCACGCGAUUCUCACUACAUUCACACGAGCCUUCUCGUUGACAAGGCCACUCAGACUGAGGAGUGGCCAAGCGAGCCUCAACGAAAGAGUCACAACCGCCACACUACUGAACAAACAAUCCCAGAUGAGAAGCUUGAGAAAUAUUUUAGGCACAGGUUCGUUUUUCCCUUCCUAUUUGGUUUGCUUUUUAGUCCAAAGCAACAUUCCAUUAUUCUUGUUUUCCAUAGGUUACAGCGCACUAACAAAGAAGGGACUAGUAGUAGAGAAAGGACUGCUGCCUUUGGCCUUAUCAUGCCUGGAGGUCCACCACCAGCACUUCCUGGGGAUCACUCUGUUCUUUUACCUAGUAUUGCCUCUCAGACAUCCAAUUAUAAUCAAUACAGUUUGAACACAAAAGCCAGUCCCAUGAACAUACCUAUCAAACCAAUGAGGCCUCCUAUGCGCUCUUCUAUUGAAGGUCUAAAUCAAGAGAUUGAAGGUCUUGUGCUCAAAUCUUCAAAUAAUCCAAGUGACCCUGAUCAUCAAAUAGAUGAUAAAUUUGCCAGAUAUCGUGAUCAAAUUACACCUGAGGGACAUCGUGCACCUUUGGCUGAUUUGUUUCGAGCCAAUCGUAAUGUCAAUAGUGUCAACACUCAAACACCAGCUACAGAUAUACCUUCUAGUUCUUACUCAUCAGGCCCACCAUCUAGGAAUUCAGAGUCUCCACUAUUACCUGGUUUGAUGGAUGUAUCCCGUCCAUCGAGUGACCUAUUACAAGGUGGCAGUCGUGGCUCCACGCCAGAACAAGAACGAGAAGGACGAUUAGGCACAUCUCCUCACAUAAACAGGUUUCUUGCUAGAGAACCACCUGAUGGCUGUGAAAAAGUUAAUACAAAGUUUGUUGAAGAUAUCAGGCGACCAGUGGUAGAUUUAAGCAAACUGGACUACUGCUCGAAACCAUGCGUUGCAUUCCAAUUAAAGCCAAGUUUGGGUUCUGCAUUUCUUCCAUUACAGCAACAAGUUAGUUCCACAGUAAUUACCAACGUGUUAUCAUCACCUCAAACAACUCCGAUAACUCCUCCUCCAAAACCAUAGUCUUUAAUUCUACUUUUGCGUCUAAAAUUGCGCAAACUCAAUUAUUGUAUAUGUAUUAUACAUGCAAUCACGCAUAUUUACAUAUACACUCACGCGCGAGCGCACGUGUAUAUUUUUUGAUCAACGUUGUGGUUAGGAAGUAAAUAUUUUUCGCAAACAAACAAUUCAUAUUCUAAGUAAACAUCACUCACUUGGGGUAACUAAUGACACAAAAUGUAAGAAUGAUAAGAAUAAUAUUCCCAGUGAACGAUGAAUGAAUAUUGUUCAUCUUAAUCAAGUCAGAAAGCCAUGUAGUAGCCUGUAAUACGAAUUUUAAAAGAUGGACAAAUAAGUAUAGCACAAAUGUUCAAUAACUGUUUAAUUUUGACUUGUAUUUUGAUAUUAAUAAUCUUGAUGAAAUUUAACAAAAUAUUAAUUUUGAACAAUAAUUUGUGAUAAAAAAUCAAGCUUCAUUAUUGUGUUCGAGGAAACAUUUACCAAAAUUAAUGUAUUUUAAUCCAAUAAGUAAUAAUUAGAACGUGUUUAAUUGUCUGGCUCCUAAAGUAUUAUAUUGUUGGAGGCGUUUUUCAAUUAUUUACGUAAGUAAAAAAAGUUAUGUAUGCUUUCAGUCAUACAUAGAGAUAUCCUAUUGUACUUUUUUAACUGUUGAACAUUUUCAAAUAUUCUUACAAGCGACUAUGAUGUAAAGAAAAAGCUCAUAUUUAAACCACGAUAUAAAAUUUUGAUAUCUUUUUAUCUGAUAUUGUUAUUAAUUAUACACACAUUUGCGUAAUACUUUCAUUUUUUUAUUUCAAAGGUGAUUAAGAAAUC